UCUCCACAUGCCAUAAGGCCAGGGUGUCCCUGAAAAUCCACUGAAGUUAUUAACCCCUCUGCCCCUCCACGGCCCAAUUCCCUCCACCAACACUGAAAAUUUCUCCUCGAGCACUACCCAGUUCUCUUCACGCACAUGAAUCGCGAUACCUGCACCAUCUUCAACAAACAAGAUUGAGCCCGGUUAGCUCAAUCGGUAGAGCGUGAGACUCUUACGAGUACGCGAUCUCAAGGUUGCGGGUUCGACCCCCGCAUCGGGCUAUUCCUAUAAAACUAUUCUUUUGCCCAUCUUCUUGAUGUUUAUGCCGUGUAGAGUUUGGAAUUAGAAGUGUAAAUCCUGUUUUUUUUAAUGGUGAAUGGUGCUCGGUUAUCUGAACUUGAUACCCCUCCGUCGGAAGAGCGGGGCCGAUCGGAAAAGGUGGCUCUUAUCAGUUGAUCAUCUCCCGUCUCCAUCGUCAUCAUCUGCGAGACACCGCUUGUUGAAGACACUCGCUCCCUGUGAUACGCUUGAACGAUAACUGGAGAAUUGAAAUCAUGGCGAACGAUAAACCGUAUAAACCUGCGCUCAUUAUAGUAGACUUUCAAGAAGACUUCUGCCCGCCUUCCGGCUCCCUCGCCGUCCCUUCAGGCCGCACAAUCGCCUCCCCAAUAAACCACCUAACAACCCUCCCCUUCCCCCUCAUCCUCGCAACAAAAGACUUCCACCCAUCCUCCCACAUAUCCUUCGCCUCAAACCACGCCUCCUCAACACCCUACACAUCAACCACAACAAUCCAGCACCCUGACGACCCUUCCCAGAGCUACACGACAACUUUAUGGCCAACGCACUGCGUCCAAGGCACGCCGGGCUGUGAGCUGGUACCGGAGCUAGAUGUCUCGCGUGUUCAUGCUGUUAUUGAAAAGGGCCAGGAUGAGCGCGUGGAGAUGUAUAGUGCGUUUUAUGAUCCGUUUAGGGUGAGUGAUAGUGGACUCGCGGGCAUGUUGAGUGAACAGGGUGUUACGGAUGUUUUUGUGGUUGGAUUGGCAGCUGACUUUUGCGUCAAAGCCACGGCGGAGGAUGCGCUGCAGGAGGGAUAUACCACCUGGAUUGUUAAUGAAGGGACAAAGCCUGUCAUGCCUGAUAAGUGGGAGGAGUGCAAGAGAGGCAUGGAGGACAAGGGCAUCAAGUUCACGUCUAUUGAUGGAGAUGUAGUGGCGAGAGUAAAGGCAUAUGCAUGAUUUAACAAAAAAAUGAUUAAAAUUGAAUUGCGAAGUGGCACUUUAACAUAACUACCAUCUUCAAUAUUGCCAUCUUUCGACGGCUGUAUAUGUAUGUAUGUAUGGAUGCUCUCAUCUUUCCAGAAUGUCCAAUGCAAAAACUCCAUGCUGUGUGACCAUCCACUCCAUCCCAGACCAUGUGUGUAGUGUAUCAUACUCAUACAUGUUCUCGUCUAUGUUAACUUUUUAUCAUCCGCUCGCCUCUACUCCUUCAAAUGCAAAGUUAUUCGUCUAUCGCUUUGACCUCUGAAUAGCAGCGGCGCUCAUCGAUGUUGUUGACGCUGAGCGCUCCUGGGCAUUGGUCAUGGCCAAGGAGACGGGUGUCAUGGGAGGAGCGGGGGUGGUGCUGCGAGAGGGAGCGGCACUUCGGUUGUGCUGCAUGUGAGCCCGGACGAGAUGACCCGCGGCCAGGGCACUGCAGAGAGAAAGCUCGCCUGCGAGAACGGCUGCGCCGAUGAUGCGGGCAAGACGGCGGGCGUUGUCUCCAGGGUUGGUGGGGUGAGAGCCUCGGACACCAAGGAUGUCGAGCAUGGCGCUCUGAGGCUCGAGGAUGGUACCACCACCAAGAGUUCCGACCUCAAGCGAUGGCAUAGAGACGGAGAUCUGAAGAGCUCCAUUGAGGCUGUAAAUGUUAGCGUGUGUUCGGCUUGAUUUCUGGGACAAACUUACUUCUUCAUGAUGGUGAUACAGUU